AUGGGAGAGAAUCCCACCCAAUCAGAGCAGUGCGCUGCUCACCCAGGAAUCGCCCACAAGUCCCAAAGAUCUUUGGCGCCGUCGGCUAUUUCACUAUCACGCAGAGCUCCUGGAGUCAGUGCUUCUAACAUUCACAUCAUCAAGGAUGCUCCAAACGAGUUUCGCUUUCUUCCAAGUAGGGGACAACGAGGUGGCAAUGAACUUCCUCCCCCCGAGAGACCCCAGCGCGGCAAGGACAGCAGGAACGCCCCUGGAGCGCUCGAUUCCAGCUUUUCCGCGGGCCCGGGCGCGCAGGGGCCUGCUGGGGUUGGGGUCGGCCUGGAUGCCCAGCGAGGAGGCGGCGGGCUGGCGUGGGUGAGGCCCCAGGAAGCGCCUACCUGUGCGGCGGCGCGCUCAGAGCCCGGGGCCCGGCCGCGGCGCGCAGAAAUGGACCAGGUGAAAACUGCACAGAACACAGCAAGGCGAUCAAGCCACCUGACUCUCCCCCGCAUCACCCUUUCUUCCCGUCCUAGGCAGGGAGUGAAUUCGGCACUGGCAUCCUACGCGGCGCUUGCAGGAGACACGGGUUCGAGCCCUGGUCCGGGAAGAUCCCACAUGCCGCGGAGCAACUAAGCCCGUGCGCCACAACUACUGAAGCCCAUGUGCCACAAUUACUGAAGCCCACGCGCCUACAGCCCGUGCUCCGCAACAAGAGAAGCCACCGCAACGAGAAGCCCGCGCACUGCAAUGAAGAGUAGCCCCUGCUCGCCGCAAUGAAGAGUAGCCCCCGCUUGCCAAAACUAGAGAAAGCCUACGUGCAGCAACGAAGACCCAACACAGCCAAAAAUAAAUAAAUAAAUAA